AUGGCGCCCGUAGCGACCCACGACAUCCAGCCGUCCACCUCGUCGUCGUCCGACGGCGCACCCCUGCCGCCGCUCGAGGACCUGGUCGCACGAUCUGCAAAGCGCACUCGUCUCCUCUUCUCCUCCGACUCGGAUGUCGGCUCAUCCUCCCUCGCAGCAUCCGCCACCGACCCUUCCGCCACCGACACAGCAAAGGCGCACCUCCGCUACAAGAUCAGCUCCGAGUACAACGAUGCAAAGUUCCUUCCCGCAGCACUGCUGGCACAGCAGUCAGCCGCAGGGCCCGCCAAGCCAGGAGCAGCCCCAGCUCCAUCAGCAGCAGCGGCAGCAGCGUCGGUAGGCAAGCAGAGGAAGAGGGCGAACGAGUCCUUGCUCGGAAGCCUGAUCGACGAGAUUGAUGGGACCGCCGCACCAGGGCCAGCAGGGUCCGCGGGACCGUCAUCUGCGCGGCCAGACCCUACGACGACUCAGGCUCUGACCAUCCGAGCGGCGCAGCAGGCCAACGGCGGAUACGGUGCCGCGGCGACGGGAGGGAUGCGCGGCGGGGGCAGCUCCGGGCUGCUCUCCCAGGCGCUGGUGCUCAAAAAGGAGCAGCAGUCGAGGCAGGCCAAGCCGGCCCACCACCCAAACUGGAAGCUCUCGCGCGUCAUCAGCGGCCACCUGGGCUGGGUGCGCUCCGUGGCCGUCGAGCCGGGCAACAAGUGGUUCGCCACGGGCGCCGGCGACCGCAUGAUCAAGAUCUGGGACCUGGCCUCGGGCGAGCUCAAGCUCUCCCUCACCGGCCACAUUUCGACGGUCCGAGGCCUGGCCAUCAGCUCGCGCCACCCUUACCUCUUCUCGUGCGGAGAGGACCGUCAGGUAAAGUGCUGGGACCUCGAGCAGAACAAGGUGAUCCGCUCCUACUCGGGCCACCUCACGGGCGUCUACUCGAUCGCCCUCCACCCCACCCUCGACGUCCUCGUCACUGGCGCCCGCGACUCGAGCGCGCGCGUGUGGGACAUGCGCACAAAGGCCCAGAUCCACACCCUGGUCGGCCACAAGUCGACGGUGGCCUCGGUCGUCUGCCAGGACUCGGAGCCGCAGGUCAUCACCGGCUCCAUGGACGCCACCGUCCGCCUGUGGGACCUUGCGGCGGGAAAGAGCAUCGCCACCCUGACGCACCACAAGAAGAGCGUGCGCGCCCUCGCCGUGCACCCGACCGAGUACACGUUUGCCUCGGGCAGCGCCGGCGGGCGCAACAUCAAGACGUGGCGGUGCCCCGAGGCCACGCUGGUCAACAACAUGACCCACGACGCCAUCGUCAACACGCUCAGCGUCAACUCGGACGGCGUCCUGUUCAGCGGCGGAGACGACGGCAGCCUCAAGUUCUUUGACUACGCCACGGGCGUCCCCUUCCAGGCUGCCGAGGACAUCCCGCAGCCCGGAUCGCUCGACGCCGAGGCCGGCGUGUUUUGCUCGUCGUUUGACCAGACGGGCACCCGCCUCAUCACCGGCGGCGCCGACAAGACCAUCAAGAUUUACAAGGAGGUCUGA